GCAUCCUUCAUUAUUUUUACUAAAAAAUGUUAAAUAUAUUUACAAAUUUUAGCUUUUUUGCAUUUACUAAAUUGAUAAGAUAAAUGUACGCUUGACACUUUUGACAGAUUAAAACAUUGUAAGAAAAAAGAAGACGAGUUUGACAUAUUGAUUUUUAAAUGUCUAAUUUUCAAAAUAUGCGGGAAUUCAUUUUUCUCGUUUUUAUUAUUUAUUUACAAAAAAUGGGAAUGACGACUGCGCAACAAAGUUGUGAAGUUAAUUGUAACGAAGACAAAUUGAUAUCAUUCUUAGCUGGCAUAGAAGUUUUAAGUCCUGAAAGUAUAUUCAAUUUAGCGAUUACUAAUUUGGAUUCCAUAUGCAGUCAGCUGACAGAAAAUCUAAAGUCUAUUGAAAAGCCAUUUAACGAUUGCAAAACCAAGGAUUCGAGAGGUCUCUACAUAUCUCUAAUAAGAGGAGUCCAAGCAUUCCACAAAAGAAUUUGCUGUACAGACACCAAUACAGGCUACAUUAAAAAAUUUUACACGGUUCAUCCGUGUUUAUUCGAACUCAGACAAGACUUCGAGGGCUGCAACGGGCCCGCGGAUUGGCACGAAGAGCCCGAAAAUCGGAAAGUUUGCAAAACGUACAAGAACAUCGUUGACUGUUACUACAUAAAAUCGGCGAAGGUGUGUGGUAAACAAGCCGCAAUUGCCAUGACGAAGCUCAUCGAGGACGUAAUCGAAAACGUAUUGGGCUAUUCCUGCAAAGGAGUUAAUAGUUUCCCUUACGUUAAGGACGUAAUGCCUGACAAAUACAUUGAAAAGUUGAGCUCAUCGAAGGUGGAUGCUUUAUCAGUAGCUACGAGUGUGAUAACUGCUGGGGUAAUAUUUAAUAUAUUAAGUAUACUUGAUUUCUUUUGAAAUAUACACUUUUUAAAUAUUUGAAUUUUAGUUGUACGAAGGAUAGUAUCAAAACUACAAUAUUGUAUAGAGAAAUAUUUCAUUUAGCACAGUUAUAGACACUUAGAUUUUAUAAUUAUUUACUUUUUUUAGAUCCACCAAAACCCGAAAACCCCAUUAUGCUAGCCAGUUCACUUGGAGGUUCUUCUUUACUAACUUCCUCGAUUUUUCUCUUUUCUUUCUUCUUUUCUCGUCUGUAUUCUUUUAGUUUCUCCUCCUCUUCAGCCAGCUCUUGUAAUCGACUAGCCAUAUCGUAAUCUUUCUUUUUCUCCUCCAUUUUCUUCUUAUUUUGCUCGAAUCUUUUCUUCACAGAAUCCAGCGAACUCCUUUCCACUUUCAUGGACAUGCCCAAGUUCCUCUGGUGCUUCUUUCCAUUGAUGUGAUCCAAGAAGUUGAUGGAAUCUUUCACCACACAAUCGCACACAUUACAAUAAUAACCGCCUGACUGUGAGGUGGGUGUAUUUUUGUUGAUCACAAUGCUUUUGCCUAAUUUCGAAUCGAGAUCUACUUUGUAUUCUCUGGUUUUUAGGAGUUCUCGUUUUACUGGUGGGCCCUUCUUUCGAUUUUCACCCUCGUCUUUCAGGAGUUUUUCCUCUUUUAUUCGCUCUUCCGCUAGUUUUUCGUACUCUUCUUUGUCCCAUUUUCGUCGAUGGUCGUCUGGUCUCAUAGACAUUGUUGUAUUUUGAUGUUUAAACCUAUUUAAUUGAUAAAAAACACUGAUUUACAGUAUUUUUGACUCUUUUGAGCUUAUUUUAUUGGACCUUUUGACGUUUAUUGUGUUGACUUUUGAUGUUACCUUCUUUAUCU